UUUUCUUCUUCUCAUUCCUCCCACUCCUCCUGCUGUCUUUUACUUACUUCCUUCACUCUACAACCUUCUCUUACCUCUCUCCUACCUCUCUCGCCGACUCUACUUCAUAGCUGUGAGGGAUGUUUACGGUUGCGAGCAGAAGCCGCUUCCCCACUCUCCUACGGCCUCGUCUUCCCCCCACGAAUUCGCUUCUCGCUAGAUCCGCCGUGUCUCCAGCCAUGGCUCCCCGGCGCAAGGCCUCAUCUGUCCCUGAGGGCUACACAGAAGAUCUUUCGAAAGGAAAGAUGCUCAGAUUUGAAGAUUCACUCCCGCGAUUGCCCGUCCCCUCGCUAGAGGAAACCGGCCGGCGCUACCUGAAGUCCGUCCACCCACUCGUGUCCGAGGCCGAGUACGAGCAGACCAAGAAGGCCGUCGAGGCAUUCGUGCGUCCCGGUGGUGAGGGUGAGCCCCUGCAGGAAAGGCUGCUCGCCCGGGCUGCUGACCCCAAGACUAAGAACUGGCUUCUGGAAUGGUGGAACCACGCAGCCUACCUCGCCUACCGGGACCCGGUCAUCCCCUAUGUCUCCUACUUCUACUCGUACCGCGACGACCGCGCCCGCCGAGACCCCGCCAAGCGGGCCGCAUCCGUCACCACCGCAGCGCUCGAGUUUAAGCGCCAAGUGGACUCGGGCGAGCUGGAGCCCGAGUACAUGCGCAGCCAGCCCAUGGCCAUGAGCUCGUACGAGUACAUGUUCAACUGCUGCCGCAUCCCUGGCGAUGGUGUCGACUACCCUCAGAAGUACCCCGCCAAGGACAACGAGCACAUUGUGGUGGUGCGCAAGAACCAGUUCUUCAAGGUUCCCCUGGCCGUCAACGGCCGGCCGCUGAGCUACUCCGAGUUCCAGCGCCAGUUCGAGCGGAUCUACGAGAUCGCGCAGCGGUCGCCCGCUGUCGGCGUGCUGACUGUCGCCAACCGGGACUCGUGGGCCGACGCCCGGAAGAAGCUGCUGGCAGCUCACCCGGCCAAUGAGCAGGCUCUCAGGGACAUCGAGUCCAGCGGGUUCGUAGUGUGCUUGGACGAUGCGUCGCCCGUGACCCUGGAGGAGCGGGCCCACCAGUACUGGCACGGCGACGGCGCCAACCGCUGGUUCGACAAGCCGCUGCAGUUCAUCGUCAAUGACAACGGCACGGCCGGGUUCAUGGGCGAGCACAGCAUGAUGGACGGCAGCCCGACCCACCGUCUGAACGACCACCUCAACAGUCUCAUCUUCGGCAAGAAGAUCGAUCUUUCGGAGCAGACGGUGCGGUCGGACUUGCCUGACCCACGGCCGAUCCACUUCCACCUCAACGGCGAGGUGGAGGAGGCGAUCGAGGCGGCGACCAAGGAGCACCGGCAGCAGAUCUCGAACCACGAGCUGAAGGUGCAGGCCUACCAGGGCUACGGCAAGGGCUUGAUCAAGAAGUUCAAGUGCAGCCCGGACGCAUACGUGCAGAUGAUCAUCCAGCUGGCCUACUUCAAGAUGUACGGCAAGAACCGCCCGACGUACGAGUCGGCCUCGACGCGCAAGUUCCAGGAGGGCCGCACGGAGACCAUCCGCACGGUGUCGGACGAGAGCGUGGCUUUCUGCAAAGCCAUCAGCGACCCGGCGGUUCCCCGCGAGGAGGUCGUGCGGCUGUUCCGCGCGGCGCUGACCGCCCACUCGAAGUACACGGCCGAGGCCAGCGACGGCCGGGGCGUCGAUCGCCAUUUGUUCGGCUUGAAGAAGCUGGUGCGCGAGGGCGAGAAGCUGCCCGCGCUGUACGAGGAUCCGGCGUAUGCCUACAGCGGCUCGUGGUACUUGUCGACUAGCCAGCUGAGCUCGGAGUUCUUCAAUGGCUACGGAUGGAGCCAGGUCAUCGACGAUGGAUUCGGCAUUGCGUACAUGAUCAACGAGAACAGUUUGAACUUUAACAUUGUGUGCAAGCGCCUGGGCGCAGAGCGCAUGAGCUACUAUCUGAACGAGGCGGCGUCGGAUCUGAGGGAUGUGCUGAUGCCGGAUUUGGCUGCCCAGAGCGAGAAGGCCAAGCUUUAGGCCGGUGUAGGAUAUACCAUAGAGAUAGAAGAUAUUGGGCAGUUGGAUGCAUGUUACUACCAUUUAGUAGACUGGUCAGUUAGAUUUUGAG